UCAAUCAGAGCGCAAGCGAAAACGCGAUGAUCGCGUCUCCCAACCCCAAGCUUCACCCCACCACUCACAGACAUCCCUUUACAUCAUAGAAAGAUCAAUCAAACUUCACGAUGCUCGCAACACGACUAUUUCGAUCGCAUGCAGCGCGCAAAGCUGUCUUUGCAGGAGUUAGAUCCAUAUCUUCAUUACCAUCGCGAUCUGAACCAAAUAAAUCAUGGACUCCCGUACCAUAUAUCACAGAGACGAUUGUGAGCAGGAUAUAGAACCCUAUGAAUUUGCGAAUAUGUGCUAAUGAGAUAGGGAGGUGGAUGGCGCACUUGUAUGUAUAUUUAUGGGGAAUUGAAUUGUUUGGGAAGUUGCCCGUCACUGACGAGAUGAGGAUUAGCGGAUAUCUUUUCCAAACUGUUACAAGUAUGUUCAGAUUGCCAUUCGGUUUCGUUGAUAGUUUGUUAGAAUAUGCUACUGAUACACAAUAGGAGAGAAUCAUCUGUCUAAACGGCGAAGUAGACUCCUCGCUUUCAGCGGCAGUCGUAGCCCAGCUCCUCUACCUCGAAUCCGAUGCCCCCGAAAAAGCCAUAACACUCUACAUCAACUCGCCGGGGGGCUCCGUAACCGCCGGUCUCGCCAUUUAUGACACAAUGACCUAUAUCAAAUCUCCAGUAUCGACAGUCUGCGUCGGCCAAGCCGCAUCUAUGGGUUCUCUACUUCUCUGUGGCGGAGAACCAGGGAAGAGAUUCUGUUUACCGCAUAGUUCAAUCAUGAUACAUCAACCCAGCGGAGGAUAUUCAGGACAAGCUACGGAUAUUGCCAUCCAUGCUACGGAGAUUUUGAGAGUGAGGAAAAGCUUGAAUGAAAUUUACAAGAGGCAUUUGACGAAGGAACAUAGUUUGGAAGAGAUUGAGAGGAUGAUGGAGAGAGAUAAGUUUUUGAGUGCCCAGGAGGCGUUGGACAUGGGGAUUGUAGAUGAGAUUCUUGAUAGGAGGGAACCGGUGGAGAAGAAGGUGGAUAAUUAGCGGCCAUAGUAUUAUGUGUAAUUUGGAUGGGAUAUUUCGACGGGUUGCUUCUGUAAUGUGCCAUUAAUUAAUGGCCACGGCAUCGAGACUUUGACUGAUACCUUAAAGUAUGCAUAAUGCGAGGCUUGAUCAUACCCUCGGACUUUUGGUGGCCUUGUUGGAAGCAAGGGAAUAUGACUUUCCAAGUUGUCCGCCCAUAA